CUGGGAGUUGCAAGCAAGUCUAUUAAUCGAAAAGGCAAAUUUACUGUAAGCCCCGCCCACGGCUACUGGUUUCUCAGUCUGCGAGAUCGGACCGAGUACUCCUUCCGAACAGAACCCCCAACCAACCUGACAGUCAGCGUCAGACCCUCGCGGAUUGGAAUUUAUGUGGACUGCGAUAAAGGAUUAGUGUCAUUCUACAACGUGGAGGCCAAAAUUCUCAUCUACACUUUCACAGGUAGCUUUCCUGACACAAUCCAUCCAUUCUUCAGUCCGUGUACAAACAAAUCAGGACAGAACGAGGCUCCUUUAGUUAUCUGUCCAGUUGCAGCAACCGAAUGA